UUCAAAUUAUAAUUUAAGAACAUAUUAAAUUUAAAUAUUUCUAAUUGAUGUUAAAAUACCUAACGAAUUUAAAAGUGAACUGAACAUGAAUAGAAACAUUGUAUUUGCAAAAUUUCAAUAAUACAUUUAUAGUAUCCGGGACAAAGAAUGAGUAGAAGAUAUCGAAUAGAAGAAGAAAAAGCUAAACAACUUCAAGAAGAAAUUCUAGAAGAUGAAGAUAAGCUUAAGCAACAAAAAGAGAAACUAUUCGGUCCCUUAGUGUGGUGCAAUUUAUCUUCAGGAAUUAAAAUUAUAGAUCUACAGUCUAUUAACUACGAUCAAGCAGCAAAUAUUAUUCUGGAAUAUUUUGUGAAAGAAGAUGUUAUUUUCCGAAAUGCAACUCGUUUCUCCGAUGACUUAGAUUCGGUUGCUUCGUUUAGGGAUAAGUUAAUUGUGUCAAUGAUGGAUAGAAGCUCGAUUAUAGCUGUUACGGAGGAUGAAGAAAUUGUUGGUAUUUUAAUACUUAAAGCUGUGAAAAAGUCAGAUUUUGGUAGAGUUUUCAGCAGAGUGACAAUUAGUCAAGGAAAACCAUACACAAGUAUCACGAAAUUUAUGAAUAAAAUCAACAGGAAAGUGGAUGUUUAUAAAAAGUUUAAUUGUGAUAUUUAUCUAAGAUAUUAUCUACUCUGUAUUAGACCUGAAUACAGAGGAAAAGGACUUGGAUUUCGAUUAAUGUCAUCUGGAUUAGACGUUGCCCGACACCUUCGGAUAUCAGUGAUGAUGGGAAUUUUUGAUUGCUGGAAACUUCAACAGUACGCAGGAAGGCUUGGAAUGCACAGUAUUUAUGAAUAUAACUAUCGAAAAUAUCGCGACCAAGAACGAGAACUAAUAUUUUGCGACUUGGGUGCAGGAAAUUUUACUUGCUCUUUUAUGGCAGGCAAAAUAGCAUCUCGAACAACAUCAGAAGUUACUAAGAAACUAUCAAAAUAGCACUAACUACAAUUAAUAUUUAUUCGUUAAAUCAAUUACGAAGUAGUUCAUCAUCGUACUACAUUGUAUUUUAAAUUUACAGUUGUUAAUAAAAAGAUUUAAAACAAA